GCAUGUGCGAAGAAAAGGAAGAAAACGAGGGUUAGGGUUUUAGAUCGGUCUUCAUUUUCCACACUGCUCCGACGAAAAAAAGGGCAAACAAAAAUCUGCAAAAAAAUGUUUCCGGGAAUGUUUAUGCGGAAGCCAGACAAAGCGGCGGCGCUGAAGCAGCUGAGGAGCCACGCGGCAAUGUUCGGAGCUUGGGUCGCCGUUAUUCGGGUCGCCCCGUACAUUCUCCACUACCUCUCCGAUCAAACUGAGGAACUCAAGCUCGAACUCUGAUUAUCAUCGCCGCCCUGAUUUUACCUCAGGAAGGAGAGGAAGAGAGUCGCAAGUUACAUUUCUCUUGUAUGUUCUCGUUUUUUCUUCCGUAUCUUUUGAAUCAUAUUCCCAUGUAGUUGCUCAACUAUUUGAGAUCAUACUAGUUCGAAAAUUCUUCUUUUACUCGGGUUCCGAUUCUAUUUGCAUUAACUGUACUUGCCGUUCUAUUUUGUUAAUAACGCAGAGCAAUCAUGUUUGGACUA